ACGGUUUUAAAGUCACUGAACUGCUGAUGCGUGUUAUGCUCAACUGAGGGGAAAAGGCAUAAAUAAAAUUUUCUCACAUGGAAUUUGACACAAAGAGUCCAAAUGUCUGAAUCUACGUUUUGUGUAGUGAUAUUUUUAUUCAGUACCUAUAUAAACAGCCUUCAAUCAGCAGUGUUUAUUAAUCACAGAGAUGCUGUAAGACUCCUGAGGCAUCGCCGGGCCAAUUACUUCCUGGAGGAAAUGAAACCUGGGGAUUUGGAGCGCGAGUGCUAUGAGGAGAUUUGCUCUAAGGAGGAAGCCGCGGAAAUCUUUCAGAGCAGAGAGAAAACAUCAGAGUUUUGGAACCGAUACCAACGUCACAGUCGCUGCAGUGAAAACAUAUGUUUUAAUGGAGGGGUUUGCACUGAAAGUGAUGGACGUUAUGAGUGCGUGUGUCCACCAAAUUACACCGGAACAAACUGUGAGAAAGAAGUGUUUGAGUGUGAGUACAAGAAUGGCAAAUGCCUUCAUUACUGCAGAGACUCACAAAUGGUUGGUUCAGGUGUCACCUGCAGCUGUGCUGAUGGAUAUGAACUGGAGGAGGAUGGAAAAACCUGCAAAGUGGCAGCGCAAUUCCCGUGUGGAAAACAAUGGUCUAAAGGCUUUCUACUACGCUCCUUAUUGGAUGAUCUAAACCUCACCCAUAUAGCAGAAAAUCCCACAAACAUCAGCCAAUUUACAUCAAAUCACACCCACCCUACAGAGAACGCCACUUACCCACUCUACAAUAUAUCUACUUCUGAUGAGUCAGAUAAACGAAUUGUAGGUGGCCAGCUACAGCAACAAGGUGGAAGUCCUUGGCAGGCUCUGCUACGCAGGAAGGAUGGUAAUGGUUUCUGUGGAGGAACACUAAUCAAUAAACAUUGGGUCGUUACAGCAGCUCACUGUCUACAGGAAGUACCUGACCAUGUGACCCUUGGCGACUUUGAUAAAUUUCGUCCUGAUGAGGGUGAGCAAAGCAUCAAGGUGAAGAAAGUUGUCGUUCAUCCUCAUUUCCAUGAGUACACAUUUGACAGUGACAUUGCUUUGCUGUACCUGGCUAAGCCAGUUGUGUUCAGUUCAGUCAUCUCCCCUGUGUGCUUGCCGAACACUCUUCUGGCUAAACGGCUAGAACGACCAGGAGAGCAAGGCCUAGUUACUGGCUGGGGAGCAACUCGCUACCUCGACCGUUCUUCGCGCUUUCUGUUGAAAGUGUCACUUCCUGUAGUGGACCAGCAGGAGUGUAUGGACACCACUGAUCAAGUUAUUACUGAUAAUAUGUUCUGCAGUGGAUAUCUGGAUACAGAGAAAGAUGCAUGUAGCGGUGACAGCGGUGGGCCGUUCGCAGUGAACUACAGAGGAACAUGGUUCCUGACUGGUGUGGUGAGCUGGGGUGAGCAAUGUGCUGCUGAGGGAAAAUACGGUGUAUACACGAGACUUAGCAACUACUUGAACUGGAUACAAGACGAGAUGAAGAAACAGGAAGAAAUAAUCAGCGAAAAUACAAAUCAAUCCAACACCAGUUAGAUAUUACAAUUUUUAAGUAGCAAUCAAUCCACAGUGUCAUAAAAACUAAUUCUUGUAAUAUUUUACCACCAGAUGUUUUUAAUCACACUUGUUAAUGACUGUAUUCUAGGCUCUAAAAAAAUUAAAAGAUGCAAUUAUUGAUAAACUACUGUGGCAUAAAAGAAAUAAAAGACUU